AUGAGUAAUCAUCUAAGCGAUCAGGGUGCGGCAGCCAUUAAAUUGGCUGGAAGCGCCACAGCAAAGCCCAAGUUCAGGAUCAAGAUCGGGGGGAAGCAAGUUGCUUUGCCAAAAGCAGAUGCGCUUGUCAAGAAGACGAAGAAGCUGCUCAAGAAGCCCCUGCAGCCUCUGCCAGAGGCCCUGCUCAGGAUCCCGGAACCCUUGCCACGCAACAUGGGAAGGCCUGGGACCAACGGCAACCACACGCCUGCAGCGUUGCGGCAAUCCUCACCACUGCAGGCGCAGCCCAAGCCAGCAUUGCAGGCACGCCAUCAGGGACCUUUGGAGCAAGAUGGAGGGGAACAUAUCCCAGCAGCAAGAGCCGCGCACGCGCCGGAGCCCAGCCAGGCAGAGCAGGCGCGCACAGACGCAGAGGCUCCGAUGGACUUCCAUCAGUGGUUGCUGGCCAGCAAGUUGGCCGAGGAGGGGCAAAGAGGCCCAGAGCAGGAUGUGGGCAGGCCCAAGUCAGCUGCAGCACAGGAGGCAGCCGCCCCGUCAGGCUCCAGUCAGCAGCUCGGCGCUGCUGCUGCCCUGUCCCCAGAGGCGUGCGAUCCUGAGCCCACCACGCCGCCUAACCAGGACCCACCUUCCCCUGCUGGAAGCUGCAACGACGUGCAGCAGGCCGUGCCUCUGGAGAAGCCCAGUGGGCCCCCAGCACUAUCAGUUGGGGAGGUGGCCGAACCUACUGAGGCUGCCGGGACCUCCGCUGCAGUCCAACAUGCGGCUCCCAGCAUUCAGCAGCAGCAGCCUGCAGUGUCAGGCGAGGGCGCAUCUGCGGAAGCUAAGGCUGGCUCCAAACCUGCGCAUGCGCAGUCUGAGGGCGGCCCACAGGUCGCAGAUGCGGCCGUAGCUGCCGCCCCGGCGGCAGCAGGCGGAGCCGCCGCGCAGCUCCUCGGCAAGUCGCUGCCGGCCGGCAGCGGCUCCAGGGAUGACUCAUCGUCAUCCUCCAGCAGCUCGGAUGACAGCUCAUCCUCAAGCGAGUCAUCCUCCUCCGACAGUGACACCUCCAGCAGCGACCACUCCAGCAGCCUGUCUGGCAUGCCCCUGCUGCCGGGUGGGCCCAAGAGGAGCAGCCCCAGCAAGGACUCCCUCUCUGGGGGCAAGCGCGCCGCCCAGGAGGUCUGCGGGCCGUCUCCAAAGCGCCAAAAGCCUGCUCCUGCAGGUGAAGUGGCCAUGGAUCGGCUCGACAGUGUGAGAGAGGAUGGCGAGAUCAAGGGAGAGAGAGGUCUUCAGGACGCGCUCGAAGCGCGGGAGCGGGAAAGGGGAUCCAGGCGUACACCGGAGGCAGAGUUGCGUUAUCCCCGGGGGUCAAGCAGGGACGGCAGGGAUCGACAGAGGCCUCACGCCCAGGACAGUGAGAGGAGGCGAGACGAUGAGGAUCACCGGCUCCGACGGCGCAGUGAUGAGUACUACAAGAUGCACAACUGGAAGUACUCCAGCAGGCAGCGAAGCAAGGAGCGGACUGAUGGAAGGCAGGCCGAGGACAAUUGCCGCCGGCGAGACAGGACGUUGGAUCGGGGGCUCUCCAUCGAGGAGGAGCGCCGUCAGAGGGGCAUCGAGCGGGAAAGGGAGAGGCAAAGAGAGAAGGAGAGGCAGGAAGAACGCCGCCGGAGGGAAGUCAGGCAGCGCGGCAGCGGUUGCCAGUCAUACGAUUACAGCCGCCGCAGCCGCAGCCGGGAUCGCAGCGCCAGCCGCCGGGCCCCGGCCCGCACGCGCACGCGCAGCCAAAGCCGCGCCGCGGACGAGCGCCGGCGCGAGCGGGACCGUUCGCGCACCGGGCGGCGCACGCGCAGCCCUUCACGCGAAAGGCCUCGCCAGAGCGAGCGCCGCAGCCGCGAUACCUCUCAAGAGCGCAGGCGAGACAGGCAGUCAGCUGAACAGGAGAGGACUGGUCGCAGAAGCUCUCCGGCCGCGCCCUCUCAAGCUCGCAAGCCAGAGCCGGCUGCCCCGUCUGAGGCCAUGGCGCCAGCCUCCGGCCCAAAUGCAGACAAGGCUGCUGGCUUCGUGCAGCAAGCCUCGGCUGCACUGCCCCCGGAAGCUCCACCUCUGCCGGUGGACAAGCCUGCGGUGGCGCCAAAGACUGGCAAUGCUCCUCUUGAAACGCCGUCUCAUGCCGCACCCGCCACAAUCAGCUCCCACCAGGCACAACUGUCAGAGCGCAAGCCGGCAAGCAGACAGAAAGGUCAGGCAUCAACUCCUGCAGCGACCGCCGUCGCGGCAGGCACAGAUCCAUCCAGCGACCUGUCAGAUGCUGCGCGGGCGUUUGCGCUGGCAUUGAGGGCCAGCAUUGAGAGCCAGGCGCAGGAGGGCGGCGAGUCCUCUGCCGACCUGCGCAAGCAGGUUGCCUCCAGGAAACGCCUGGCCAAGAUGUUCGUGGAAAAGGGGCUGGAGUACGAGAGGCAGCUGGAGGCGCUGGUGGCGGCCGGCGCAGAGCCAGAGGAAUGCGCGCGGCAGCUGAGGGAUAUGUGCAGCGCCACCACGGAGGGCGUCAUCCUGACGCUCAAGGCGCAGGUGCACUUCCUGCGCUGGGCGGCCCUCGGGGAGCGCAUGAUCUCACAGGGCCGCGGCGCCGAGUGGGCCGCCGCUGUGCAGGACUCCGCCGCGCUCGCCGCCAAGGGCGUGCAGCCGAAGCACGUGCUGGCGAAUGAGUAUCAGGCGUUUGUGGGGGAGCUGCAGCAGCGCGACGCCAAGCAGCUGUACGCGGUUGUCAAGGCCCGCUUCCAGAGAGCCGCCGCCAUCAACCCCUCUGAAAAAGCUCUCCUCUCCAAGGGCCUCCAAUUCAUCGAGCUGGCCAGGCUGUUUGCGAUGCGGCUUGAGAUGGUCGCCGCGGUGCGCACCAAUGCGUUCCAGGCGCCCUCCCUCAAGCAGCACGAAGCCGGCCUGCGAUCCGUUGAGGAUGCCCACCGCCAGGCGCAGCGCCACGCGCGCCAGCACCCCCCGCCGCAGCCCCAGCUGCAGCAGCGGGGGGCCCUCCGGGGGCAGCAGCCGUCCCCGAGGGCGUUCCCAGGCGCCGCCGCGGCAGCUGCCGGGAAGCCGCCGGCAGACGCGGGCGAGAGCUUCCAGCGACCCUCCCCCGGCGACUCCAACAACUCCGAGACCACCGCGUCCACGCCCCCCACGGGCCAAUCCGAGUGCGGCGCGGGCCCCUUGUCAGCGCGCUUGACAUAUACAGCUGCAAGAGAAGAGCUCUCGGUGGAGAAGGAAGGCCUGGCCCAUGCGCAGGGGCUGCAGCAGUACAUGGCGGCUGCUGUGCCGGCGGGCGCGCCCGGGCUGCCUCCACUGCAGGCCGGCGCGAAGGGCGACGCGAGCGCCUACGUCAUCCCCCAGCACCUGGCGCGCUCGCAGGACGUCCUCCUCAACAGCCAUCGACGCUUUAUGACGGCGCACGAGCUGGGGGCGUCGAGGGAGAUCCAGCUGAUGCUGCUGACGAUGAUGGAGGAUGACAACGCCGUGACGGCGCGCGCGGCCGCGCUUGUGUCGGCCAUGGGACUGGACGCGGCUCUGAUGGAUGUCAUGGCUGUGCCCACUCUGGGGCGACAGUGCGUUGAGGGCCUGCGCGCUCUGCGCGACUCCCUCGGCCUCACCCCUGCGCAGGGCGCCGCCUAG